AUGCAGGAAUUGCCGAGUGGGCAUGUGCAAAUCUUAAUGCGAACGAGAAAUGAUCCGUGCGAAAGCCUGAGUCCUCGCCAGAUCUCAAUUCUGAAGACGCACCUUGGCAGGGCACAGGGCCACGGUCACACGGUGGCUGCCUACAACUCUAUGAUCACGGCGGCAGAGUUUUCGAAGAAAUGGCCUUGGGCCCUUCACUUCCUGCAGGAGAUGAGAGAGGAGGAAGUCCAGCCCGACACCGCUUCCUACAACUCCGCCAUCUCCGCUUCCGCGAAGAGCGGGAAAUGGCGAGUCGCCGUCGCACUGCUGCAUGACAUGCAGGAGUGUGAGGUGCCCGGCGAUGUAGAGACCUACGCCACCGCUAUCCUUGCGUGCCUCUCCGGCCGAAAGUGGCAAGCGGGGCUACAGCUUCUCGAUGAGAUGCCUCAGAGGGAGCUCGAGCCAGACUCGCUGACCUACGGAAUGCUGCUCCAUGCGUGCGAGCAGCGCGGAGCAAGUGGCAAGGAGUCGGAGCUUGCUAGCCACCUCGCCAUGCGCCGGGCAGGAGGCCUCGCCAGCACAAGCAGAAGCACACAGGUCGCGGACGAGGAUGAGGAGGAGCUUGACGAGGACGAGGAGGAGGAGAUCGAGGCCGCCGUGCCCAAAACCCGAUCCCGACGCGGCGCGGCCAGCGAGGAAUUUAAGCCUAUCCCGUGCACAUCGGCGAUGAACGCACAGCGGGUCAAGGGACGCGCAGUUCCUGGGCAGACGCCGGGGCGGAUCUCUGCCCUGGUUGAAGCCACUCCGCUACCUCCCAGAGCGAGGCCUGGCCCGCUCGUGCGGUCGACAAGGCCCAUUCGUGCCGGCCAGCCCUACUCGAAGGAGCUACGCCUGCUGCAGCACGUCGUUGAGAGAGCAGAGCGGGGCAACCCACAGUCCAUCUGCGAGACGAUCGAGUCCUUCGGGGAUGAAGUCCUGGUUCGAGGGAAAGCGCGGCUGUGGCUCAAGAUUGCUGGGGGAGUCAAGACCGAAGUGCUGACGGCGGCCGUCAAAGGCGGCCCCCUGACUCGUCGGGACCUGCAAUGCAGUGUCCUAGAAGUCGGCGCCUACUGCGGGUACUCUUCCACUCGCAUGGCGUUGGCACUUCCGGGCGUUCACAUCGCUUCCCUCGAAGUAGAUCCUGUCCAUGUUGUCAUCGCCCGCAAUGUGGUCCUCCACGCCGGGCUUCAGGGCACCAUCGAUGUCUGGACAGGCCACAGCAAGGACCUCUUGGCGCGCAUCAAGAAGCGCUACAACGGGGACCUCUCGUUUGGGGCCGUCUUCAUGGAUCAGAAGGGCUCUCGCUACGGAGAAGACAUGUUGAAGAUGGAGUCCGAGGGGCUCCUUCACCCGGGUGCCGUGGUGGUGGCAGACAACGUUCUGAAGCCCGGGGCGCCCCUUUUCCUCUUUCAGAUCAUGAACGGUGGAAAAUACAGUGCCCAAAUCGUUUCGAUGGAUGAGUUUGCCAUGCCUUCAGAGGAUUGGAUGUCAAUCAAUGUGCGCAAAUUGAAGGCGCCAAAGAAUGAGACGGAGCCGCCUGAGGAUCUCCACCAGCUCUCCAAAGAGACGGACCGCAUGCGUGAGCGAGCCACGGGACCGGGCCGCAGUGUCACCUACGAGGAGUGGGCCGAGUUUGCCCAGGAGGUGAAGAAGCGCUUGGCGGCGACCGACGUGGAGCUAACUGUGGAUCUGCGCCCAGAAGACAGCCGAGAGCGUGCUUCCUACGCGAUACAAGACCAGGGAAACGGGUCAGAGGAUGGGUUUGAGCUCACUAGUCACUGGGACUGCAAAGUCUUCGAGCCCCCGUGGCAGCUCCCGGAGCCGAAACCUGGCGUAAAGGAGGACCCAAUGCUGAAUUAUGCUGCAGAACUGCGAAAUGAAGUGCACCGGGCCGGGGGACGGAUCUUGUCCUUCAGCGAUGACAAGAGAUAUCUUCGAGCUGAGUUUCUUGUCGACGUCCCGGUGCUUGGAAAGGAUGCUGACGACGUAGAGUGGUACUUCACUCCGGACGAUCUGAUCCUGCAGUUCCGUGCGGAGCGGCGAUCAGGAUCCCCCGACUUCGGCGAGAAUCGGAGGAGACUUGAGGCAAUUCGACUGGCUCUUGGCUGGGACAUCGUGCCGGUCCUGCGUAAUCGGCAGAGAGCCUUUUUCUUCGGAGAGUCUCCUUUGGACCAGUUUGGGCCGGCUCUCUACGACGCCCUAAGUACCGGCAAGGAUCCGACUCCUUAUGAAGAGCAGGUGCUGGAGGAGCAGGCCGAGAAGCUGAAAGGCUCAGGCCUGCCCCUUCCCAGCCUGCUGAACCUUCGGCGGGACGACCUCGGGGCCCGGAGCCCAAAAGGGUUCCUUUAA